GCGGCGCGGGGAAGAUGGCGGCGGCGGCGGCGGCGGCGGGCGGCGGGUGGGCGGCGGAGGCCCCGGAGGAGUUCGAGGACGCGCCGGACGUGGAGCCGCUGGAACCGACGCUGGCGAACAUCAUCGAGCAGCGCAGCCUCAAGUGGAUCUUCGUGGGCGGCAAGGGCGGCGUGGGGAAGACCACGUGCAGCUGCAGCCUGGCCGUGCAGCUGUCCCGGGUGCGCGAGAGCGUCCUCAUCAUCUCCACCGACCCCGCUCACAACAUCUCCGACGCCUUCGACCAGAAAUUCUCCAAGGUUCCCACCAAGGUCACCGGCUACGAGAACCUCUUCGCCAUGGAGAUCGACCCCAGCCUGGGCGUGGCCGAGCUCCCCGAUGAGUUUUUCGAGGAAGACAACGUGCUGAGCAUGGGGAAGAAGAUGAUGCAGGAGGCCAUGAGCGCCUUCCCCGGCAUCGACGAGGCCAUGAGCUACGCCGAGGUCAUGAGGCUGGUGAAAGGGAUGAAUUUCUCCGUGGUUGUGUUCGACACGGCGCCCACCGGGCACACGCUGCGGCUCCUCAACUUCCCCACCAUCGUGGAGCGCGGGCUGGGCCGCCUGAUGCAGAUCAAGAACCAGAUCAGCCCCUUCAUCUCACAGAUGUGUAACAUGCUGGGGCUGGGGGAUAUGAACGCUGACCAGCUCGCAUCCAAACUGGAGGAGACGCUGCCCGUGAUCAGAUCCGUCAGCGAGCAGUUCAAGGACCCCGAGCAGACCACCUUUAUCUGUGUGUGCAUUGCCGAGUUCCUGUCGCUGUACGAGACGGAGCGGCUGAUCCAGGAGCUGGCCAAGUGCCGCAUCGACACCCACAACAUCGUGGUCAACCAGCUGGUGUUCCCCGACCCCCUGCGGCCCUGCCGCAUGUGUGAGGCUCGCCACAAGAUCCAGGCCAAGUACCUGGACCAGAUGGAAGAUCUCUACGAGGAUUUCCACAUCGUGAAACUUCCUCUGCUGCCCCACGAGGUGCGGGGGGGGGACAAAGUCAACACCUUCAGCUCCCUCCUGCUCGACCCCUACCAACCCCCCAGCCCCAAAUAACCCCCCCAGACCCCC